AUAGAAACUUAUUAUACAAACAUUUUUAACAACUAACUGACAAAUGUACACAAUUUUUCGUACAUUUACAUGAAUUUCCUUCACUUUUUUGAAUUAUACGUUGCUCAUAUUCAUAUAAAAUGUCUAGUCCUGGGACUGCUAGAAAACCUUUAGGUUCAAGAAACAGCAGUCGUGAAACCAUUUACUCUUCCAAUCCAAGUUGUCUUUUACACAAACGAAAACCUAUCGUUCAUCCCUUAGCAGCCUCGAUAAGAGUCAAUACAAAAAAUAAUAAUCUACAGCAGAGAGUAUUAUCCGCUAAACUUCUUAAACUUAAACAAAUUCAAAACCAACUGAACGACGCAAAUCACCAUUUAGCUGAACUCCAACAAGAGAAUAGAGCUCUUAAAACACUACAGGCACGACAAGAAAAAGCUCUUGCAAAAUACGAAGGAACUAAUGCAGAACUACCCAGACUACUACAAUCAUACGAAGAAGAAGUGCGAAUUUUGCAAAGUAAAAAUAAAACGUUACGAAAAGGAUUAAAAGAGGCAGGAGAGCAAUUAAAAGCAAAAGAUGAAGAAAUUAGCAACUUAAGAGAACAGUUGAAACAUCUUACAAACCUUUCUAAAGACAGGCAUUUAGAAGAAAGAGAAAAACUUGCAGAACAAAUUGAUGAACUUAAACUAAAGUUACAUAAAAGUGAAGAAGAAAUAACGAAUUUAAACAGGAAAAGUAUUCUUGACAACAAAAACUAUAAAUACAAAAUAAACACAGAAAUAUCAAAAACUAAACAGUAUCAAAAGGAAUUACAGCAAGCUUUCAAUGAAAUUGAUAAGCUAAAUAUAAUGAUAGAGGGAAAUAUAAAGGGACAGCCAAAUACAGUUCAAGGCAAAAAACGAUUCGGUAACAUUCAAAAAAGACAAUCGACUUCUCUAGUAAAUUUAGAAAAAGACACAAGUGCUUCGGAAAUUCAAAGCAAUCGUGAUGACCAACCAUUCGACGAUGCUGCUUCUAUAGAAAGUAAAGACGAUAUAAAACUGGAGCCAUUAUUAAAUGAAGCAAAUAAUACCAAACCCCCCUCAAAUGUGGUCUCGCAACAAAAUGGUUAUUUGGAGUCGCCAACAGAAAAAAUUAAAGCUAGACUUUCUGGAAAAAGAGAAGACGUGGAAGGCUCCAAAAUACCUACAUACACUCGAUUUUAUUCUCCUGAAAAAGCAGCCAAAAACGAAAAUGAUUUAACUCGUUCAAACUCCAACCUAGGAAAAUUAAUGUUAUCUGAAAAAGACAUUGAACUUUUAAGUAAAACAGACAAUGAAAACGUAGAUAUUACUACAAUAUCUUUAAAGCAAUUACAUUUCGAUAGGAACAGAUUGAACAUUAUAGGCGAAAAUUUAAAAUCUAGUAUACGGAAGGGAGUACAAUUAAAAGAUAAAUACGCUCUAGACGAAAAUCUCGAAGGUUAUUGUUCAUCUGUGAUAAACUCGGUGCAUAAAUGUAGUGAUAGUCUCGAAAAACAAUUGGUCACUUUUGAACAAAGCAAAGCUGAAAUGGACAAAGUCUUAAGUGAUCUGGACAGGGUCGACCAAAUAAGUCAAAAAUUAACCUCAGGCUCUUUACAAAUUGUAGAUAAACUUGAAAUUCCUAGUAAAGAUGUUGAUAUUGUAAACGAAAUAUUAAAGGACGAGUAUGUGUUUCAAAAAGAAGUUAAAAAAGAUCGCAAUGUUGCAAAAAAAUACGAUUUCCUUAUAGCUGCAACCAAAGAAAAGCAUAAAGAUGAGAAAAAGUCUGAUGUGGGACAAGAAGAUAAAAGAAAAUUGUUAGAGACGCUGAGAGCCAUUGAUGACGGAGAAGACGUAAAUUUUACUGAAAAUAUUGAUGGCAAUUCUGUAAAGAAAAAUAACUUAAUGAAAGAAUUAUUCGGGCAAGCAAGCAAAUAAAUAACGUUAAAUUGUUAUCUCUUCAGUACUAAUGUUUAGAUUUUUUAGUAGAAUUUUACAUCUAUAAUUAACGUUUUUGUAUUAUAUUUAUACAUAUUUUAAUGGUUAUUUCUGAAAUAAAUUUUAUUAAUAUCA